UAUGUGUAUUACAUUAACUCGAUGAUUCGCUAUAAAAUUGAAAAAUAAAUUGGGUGUUAUUUUUAAUUGUGUUCAAUUUAAUAUUGUUUUACCAUCCCUAUUACUACAAACGUGAAGACCGUGUGGGUGUGUACUGUGUAUGACGUCACGGACGUCUGAAUGAAGAUCCUGAAACUGGAAUAUAUACGUAUAGGUAUAGAAGAAUAUGCUCCACACUAACGCCUUGAUAAAUAAUAAACUUCAUAUGAAGUCGAAGGAAAAAGUGAAGGUGAGCCACAUCAGCGGCAGCGCGGUGUCUCUUGGAGACAGUAAUCUAUCAGAGGGAUACGGCGCCUACCAGUCGCGGGAGCAAAUAAUUCUGAAGAACAAAGGACAGCGCGACUUCGAGAAUGGGAAAGAGGCGGAAGCGGACGACGGUCACCACCAGGUGUCACAUCCCACAUCGUACCUGGAUACAAUGUUACAUCUCUUCCGAGGUAACAUCGGCACAGGACUGCUGGCUAUGGGAGACGCGUUCAAGAACGGCGGCAUCGUAUUUUCGCCCAUUAUGACCGCCGUGCUCGGAAUCAUAUGCGUGCAUGCGCAGCAUUUACUUUUAAACUGUUCCGAGGCGAUGUAUCGUGAAACUAAAAGGGACAGACCACCAGGCUUCGCGGAUACCGUGGCGCUGGUAUUCGAAUAUGGUCCCGUGCGGUUGAGAAAAAUGGCUUCCACCAUGCGGAUUAUGGUCAAUACAUUCCUGUGUAUCACACAAUUGGGAUUCUGCUGCGUUUACAUUGUCUUCAUCGCGAAUAAUGUUAAACAGAUUUGCGAUCAAUACGGUGUUACCAUAGACCUAUCAGUGCACAUGAUAAUAGUGGUCAUUCCUGUCCUCCUAUCGUGUAUGGUGCGCAACCUCAAGUACCUGACACCAUUCUCUACAUUCGCCAACGUGUUGAUGGCCGUGGGAGUGGGUGUGGUGAUGUAUGAAGCUGCCCAGGACCUGCCUCCAGUUCAGGACAGGGUGUACUUGGCCAGUUGGCAACAACUGCCACUGUAUUUUGGCACUGCUGUGUACGCUUUUGAAGGGAUCGGACUGGUUUUACCUUUAAAGAAUGAGAUGAGACAACCCGACCAAUUUCAAAAGCCACUUGGAGUGUUGAAUGUUGGUAUGGUGGUGGUGGGCGCCAUCUUUAUUUCCAUGGGUUUCCUUGGAUACCUGAAAUGGGGAGAAGAUGUCGCAGGGAGCUUGAGUCUUAACUUACCACCUGGACAAGUGUUAAGCACAGUAGUCCAGGGUCUGAUAGCCCUCGCCAUGAUGUUCACAUACCCGCUGCAGUUCUACGUGCCGAUCGCGAUCACGUGGCCUGCGCUGCGCAAGCGCUUCGGGAAAAGCUCGCCCGUCGCUAAGGAGCUGGGCUAUAGGGCAUUCAUAGUUAUGAUUACUUUUAUCCUCGCUGAAUCGAUACCAGAGCUGGGUUUGUUCAUAUCCCUAGUCGGAGCCAUCAGCAGCACCACGCUAGCUCUAAUGUUCCCGCCUCUCAUACAAAUAGUGUACGAUGCACAUAGAAAUCAACUCACUCUAUUCGUUUUACUCAAGAAUUCUCUAAUCAUCCUCAUUGGACUAUUUAUUUUCAUCACCGGCACUUACGAGAGUUUAGCACAAAUAAUAAAAUUCUUCCGUGGAUGAUUUUAUAUGUAAUCUUUAAAUAAGGAAAGGUCAAACAGCCCAGAAGGGGGGGGGGGGGGUUGAGAAACUUUUUGUUUGUGAAAUUUCCUUUUUAACCCUUCAUUAAAAUGACGCGUGUAUUUGUCACGUGUACUCUUUCAAACAAAUUGACUCAUAUUGUGACUUUAAGUAUUUCCUAUUGUGCAAUGGAAAAUUAUUUCGUGAAAUAGGCAGUCGUUUCGCAGAUAUUCGGGGGUUACGACGAUGUCUUGAGUGUUGUUUGAUGUUAUUCCCAUGUGGGAAAGUGAUGGCGCUAGUCAACAUAAUAUUUAGUGUAGUCAUUUUUCCACGGUGGCAAUAAUAUUGAUUUAUGACAUCAUUGUACGGGGGCAUCUCUCAUUAAAACCAGUGCCAGUAUCUGACACUAUUGUCCUGAGGAUUCCUAAUGUUGGUUAAGUUUAUGUUAAGUUUCAUAGCUUUUCAAUAAUGUAGACUUGUAUUCGUGUACGUCAUGUUAUAAGUUAUGUAUUAUAAGAUUUUACAUUUAAUGGGAACUGUUGAGUAAAUUGAGGUCGUGAAUGCAAAAAUGCGUAAUGUGUUGAUAAGAAAUUUACAAUUCUCUUAGCGAAUUUUA